AUGUUUGACUGGUUCUGUGUAGUUAUAGGAGGAGUGGUGUUCAUAGUGCUGUGCUCCUUCGUCUCUGGGUUCCUCGCAAUUGCCCAGAUGUGCAGCUUUCCCAGGCCUAUCAAAGCAGUAAGUACCACUACUGCCGGACCAGGCGGUUUGGUCAUCAUUCACACUGAGGAGGAAAAGCGGUUUGUUUUUGUGAAAGAAAGUUCAGAUUUUUUUGCUCCGGAAAUUCCGCCCAACAUCGUUCAUGUUCCGGUGUUCCCUACCGGAGUGAUCAAACCCUCAAGCAGUGAGGCUAGCACAAACACUGAGGUUCCAAAUAAAGUGUGUAGUAGUUGUCAGACAAGCCCUCCUAAACAGGGGCAUCCCCCACCAUCUUCUAGUUCAUCCCCGUCAACAGGACCAACUCCGUCGAAUCCCUCCACGUCCCCACCUCCAGGUUCAAACCCCUCCAGUCCUUGUACAUCCCCGCCUCAAGGGUCAACACCCCCUAAUCCUUCUAAGCCUUCGCCUUCAAAACCCCCUUCUAAUCCCUGUACCUCCCGUUCUCCAGGUACAAAUCCUUCUAACUACCAAGGACAAGGAUCAGGAAAAUCUCAACCACCAGCACAACCCAAAAAAAAAACCCGCCAGAAGAAGGCAAUCAAGAAACAGCAGUAG